CCUUUCUCUUUAUUGGCAUAUGAGACAACUGCCUUGUUUUCAAGAUAAACCACUAAGCAGAUAGGGUUCAGUUGAACUAGUUAUGGGAAUAGAAGAGUUCGUUGCUCGUUCGCACUGACAAGAAUCUUACCACCAGAUACAAAUGCGGGUCUUAGAGGAGAAGAUUGCUGUGGGAAUUGGAGCGGGCAUAGGGGCAGCCCUUUUCGGAUGGUGGGUAUGGCGCAGGUCAUCGACUCUGCCUCUUCCGGACAGUUGGGAGGAAGUAGGCGAGGUAUCAGAGUUGGUUAUCUAUCCAGUAAAAUCUUCUCGAGGCAUCCGACAAGAAGAAGCGCAGGCGGGAAUCUAUGGACUAAGCGUGGAACGCCUGGAAGACAGAGCCUUCAUGGUCAUCAACGCAGAGGGCACUUUUGUCUCAAGCAGACAAGCAGAGCGUCUAGCUGCAGUGGUGACCGAAUGGCAAGGUCGUAUCUUGACCUUGAAAUUCCCAGGCCAUGAAAACAUUUCUGUCGAUACCCAAAAUGGCCUUAGAGACAAGCCAGUUGUGGAAGCCAAAUUACGGGCCCACAGACUCCCCGGUAUUGACUGUGGAAACGAAAUCUCAGCCUGGCUUUCAAAAGUCUUGUAUGAUGACAAGGAGAAAGUAAGACUGAUAUACAAAGGAGACAUGAUUAAGGACAGGCCAGCAAGGAGACCGGAAGUUAAACAUGAGUUCACACAAUACACCGAAAGAGAUCUAGCUUUGUACACAGACGUCAGUAGCUACCACCUGGCCUGCCAGUCUUCACUGGACGACCUGAACUCCCGUCUGGAUGAGCCCGUCCUAAUGGAAAACUUCCGCCCAAAUAUUGUGGUCAGGGGUUCUAAGGCUUACGAUGAGGACGACUGGGUCUAUGCCAAAAUAGGCGGAGUCAUUCUCAGGCGGUUGAAGCCAUGUGAGAGGUGCAUACUGACGACAGUUGAUCCAAUUAAAGGAAAAAGAAAUGAGAACAUGGAGCCACUCACUACGUUAAAGACGUACCGGUUGUUAAAGGAUGCCCCUCCCGCAUUAGCUACAGCAUGGAAUUCAAAGCCAAUCUUUGGCAUCACAAUGAGCAUCGAUGCCACAGGAAGAAUCGCUGUUGGAGACAAGGUCUACAUUGCCAGGGCUUCUGUCUAUCCUCAGUUCAGAGGAUAUUGAGGUUUCUUCAGAAGAACUUGAAAAGUACUGAUGUUGAUUCAGAAAUAUUUGAGAGCCAAUGAAGUUUCUUCUCAACAACAUUUCUUCUUUAGUACUGGAAAGACACAAGAAUUACUUCAGAUGUACUUGAAGGAUACUGAGGUUUCUCAAGUAAAAGUAAUUUUUGAAGGACGCCAAGUUUCCUCAGAAAUACUUAAAGAUACUGAGUUUUCUUCAGAGCUAUUCUAACACUUCAAAGAAACUAAAAUAGUUUCGAGCUGCACUUGAAGGAUAGUGAGAGGUUCUUCAUAAAUACUUAAAGCAUAACAUAAAUACUUAAAGCAUAAUAAGAUUUUUCAGAACUAUCUACGGAUAAGAUACCACAUGUUUAUAUUUGAAUAUGCAUGUUUCACUAAAUAACUGCUAUGGUAGAGAAUUGAUGAUUUUACUUCAAUGUGAUUGCUUUUAAACGGAGAUAUGUCCCUGAAACCACAUAUGACGUAAUUCUUUGAGCUGUAAAAGAACUAUAGGUAUAGAUUCAAUUAGUCCACCAAAGCGUAACUACACCACAUGUAAAAGAUUAUGUAUAACUUCUAAAAUUGUUACGUUUUUAUAAUAUCUUCUCUCUAACGUUGUCAGUGGCAUAACUUUCCAUGAAAUUAAUCACAAGGCUCUCAAGGUUGCCAAACUGCGAUUCUUGUUCCUUUAAUAAUUUUUGAUAAUGUAUCUAAUCUGACUUAUCAUCUAGCUGAUUAACAGUAGCUAUUUUUAAAUUAGGUGAAACUAAGUGAGGCUACUUCUAUCCAUUAAGUCACCUUGAAAUUUAUUAGUCAUUAUUUACCCAAAUAAAAUUGAUUGUAACCAUUAUAGAC